UAUGAAUGCUGGGAAACAGGACAGUGGCAGAAACAAGAGAGGGUGAGGGAAGGAGAGAGUGGGAAGAGCAGGGGGAGGCACAAAAGGCAAGACAGAGUAGGACAGCAGAGUGUUGGAGGGCAGCACAGCGCAGCAUACUGCUGUGUUCUGAUGAUGGAGUGAGCAUGGAGCAGCAGGACCAAAACAAGAGGAGAAGUGGAUACAAUGAGGACACAGCCUGGCAUUAUGCCUAAUCAAUAAAAGGUAGAUCAGUUGGGAAUCGGGGCAGUGGAGAGGGGGGCUCAUUAAGCGGCGUUGCUUUUGCAGGGCUGACUGCAUGCAGAGUUUGAAUCCUGCAACCAAGAGAGAGAAAUUAAGACAAAAAAAACCUUGAGACUCCAUGUGGACAUAAAACAGAACUAAAGUAGCAUCUGGCGUUCAGAUUGGGGGGACAAAAGAAGACAUUGUGCUGCUGGAUCCUAUAAACAGACGGGUGUAAUGGUGUGGAAGCGGCGCCGCGCUCUUGGAUUAUCGGGCUUUUGAGACGGGAGAUGGGGAGACGGGCGGCUGACCUGACGACUCCGGUUCCGGUUCUGGGCGUCCCUGCCCUGGUCGGGGUGCGUGCGUGGAAGACGACGGGGGCAGACAGAGCAGGAGGAGCCCUGCUGCAAGCGUGGGGACUUCAGUGCAGCGUGGGCGUGCAGACGUCCCCGGGGAUAAGCAGACUGCCCACCCAGCUAACUGGUACGCUCUCAGAUAGCAUUACUCAAACAUCCAGCAGCUAUAUUAACAAGGAAACGGAGUACAAAGAGUUACUACUGUUAACAAAGACUGACAAGGAGAAAAAGGCUAUUUUAAAACUGAAAAGUGGGGAAUCCAAGACCAAAAAAGAAGUGACUUUCAAAGCACUUGGAGGUGAGGCCUCUAAGGACGUGACCUGCUGUCAGAGAAACAGUGGCGGGACGUACUGCUUUGCCAAGGCAAUCAAGACCAAUCCACACGUCGUAGGGAACGUAACCAACUCGAGAUCGAAAGCUGCCGCCCGCUACGUCAAUGGCAGCGUGGUGGAUUCAGAGGCGAUCGGUGGAAUCAGUGUUGAUAGCGACGAGGCGGAGCCCACAAAGAAUGCGAGCUGUCGUGGAAGAGAGCAAACCAGACUGCAAGGUCAUUAUGCAGAUGAGGCUGGGAAGACGCUGCCGCUAUCUGCUGCCCGACCUUUCGGUGUGUCACAAAAAGUAUGCAACAACUGCGGUGGGAGACAGUCUGCGAGCACCGGGGCUGCCACUUUCAGGGACACUUACCUUGAAGAGAAGCCACUAAAGUCGGGCCUCUCCUCGCUUUUAACGAACACCCAUUUUCACAUGCCCCCUAUCGAUAAAAACUUCAAGAAAAGCCAGCAAAUCUCAGAAAGCACUGACAAAAGGAUGCAAUUGACAGACACUUCACAAAUAUUAUAUGUAAAUGAAGAACUGCGGUAUCGGAAAACACCACAUCCUGCAUGUCCAGUUCACUCAAGAGGAAAUCCAGACGGUUGGCCCCAUUCAUCAUCAUCAUCCUCAUCAUCAGCAUCCAUCCAGCCUUCAGCCUUCCUACAAGCUAAAACCAUCACUGUCACUCAAGCCACUAUUGAGCCCAGAUAUGAGCCCAGUGUGAAAUGUUCUCCAAAGACCUCACAGGAAAGGAAGAUCCCCCGUCCAACAAGUCUCACUUUGGGCCCUCAGAUGGCCACGGCAACCAAAACAAACAAUCCACAUUCACACACUUACCCGAAGCUGCCCAAGACUGCACAACACAGCUCCACACGGCCUAAUUUGCCUCGAGAUGUGUGUGUAUCUGUACAUGCUGCACCUGAGAGUACCCUGUCACCGCCCUCUCAUUUGUAUACCACAGCCACAGGGCCUGGAAGUACAUCCAGUACCAGCACACACAGAGGAAUCAUUAACUCUGUCGUGACAACCACUGAAAGCUUGGCUGCUGAAACCAAAGCUAAAUACGAAACCCUACAUUCACACUGCGUCAAAGUCAGCUGA